AUGCAACGUCGAUUACUAGCAACUGCAAGCAAGGCAAUAGUUCGUAAAAUGAAGAUCACUCCGAUUCCUUGUCUUUCCGACAACUACGCAUACCUCCUCCUCGACGAACACACCAACAAAUCCGCACUAAUCGAUCCCGUCGAGCCGUCCAAGGUCCUCCCCGUCGCAAAAGACACCAACAUCACAGCCGUCCUCACAACACACCACCACGCAGAUCAUGCUGGUGGCAACAAGGGAAUCGCAUCCCAACUCCCUCAUAUACCCAUCUACGGCGGCGACGACCGCAUCGAUGCACUAUCCCAUAAAGUAGAGGACCGUGUCAGUUUCAAGAUCGGCAGUCUCGAUGUCACGCCCAUGUUUACCAUAUGUCAUACCAAGGGGAGCGUGUCGUACUAUGUCGUGGAUGCUAGUACGGGCCAAAAGUGUGUGUUUACGGGUGAUACGUUGUUUGUUGCUGGAUGUGGUCGUUUCUUUGAAGGCACGCCAACGGAAAUGCAUCACUCCCUCUUGGACGUAUUGGGCAACCUGCCAAAGGAAACUGAAGUAUACUGCGGCCACGAAUACACGGCCUCCAAUUUGAAAUUCGCUGCUGCUGUCGAACCAUCAAAUCACGAUGUGGCUCAAAAGCUGGAAUGGGCGAAGAAUACGAAAUGCACUGUCCCAUCAACAAUCGGUGAAGAAUUCAAAAUAAAUCCCUUCAUGAGACUCAAUUCAAAAGAGAUUAUUGACAAGACUGGAGUCUCGGAUCCUAUUGGUGUUAUGGGCAAGUUGAGGGAGAUGAAGAACAAGUUUUGA